AGAAAGAAAAAAAGGAAAACUGAAGUGGCUUUGAAUAAUAAUAAUAAGGCUACGUUGUUUAUCCAAAGAAGGGGUUGGACUUGAGCGGAAUUCUGCGCCAAACUUUUCUAAAUUUCCCUUUUUUCUCCCCCCUCACAAAACUUUGCCACUUUGUGUUCAGUCUGCUGCUUCAACCUCACCUCACCGCACCGCCGACUAAGGUCAGCGUCAGUGACCGCCCACGGAAACUGGCAACGCGGCUUCAUAACCUCCGCGGACCCCGGCGAGAUUUUAUUUUUUAAUUUUUAUAUAAUUUAACAUUGGAGUUUGACUCACUGGCUGAGUGAACGAAGGACUAACAAACACGACUGCUGUUCCUGUACGGAUGGAGGAAGCCUCACUUACGGAGGAGUGAAUUAACCAAACAAACGUUACCAUAACGUCAAGUUUGCGAGCGUUAAAACGAAGUGACACCAUGUUGGGAAACCCAGGGUCUUAUGCUAACAAGAAGAGGAAGAAGCCUGUUCUCAAACACAAAAAGGUCAAUGAUGGCAAAGAAGUUGUUAAAUCAAACCCUUCGAAGCGCCACCGGGAUCGGCUGAAUGGGGAGCUGGAUCGGCUGACGGACCUCCUGCCGUUUUCCGAGGAUGUUCGCUCUCGUCUGGACAAACUGUCGGUGCUUCGCCUCAGCGUUGGCUACCUGAGGGUCAAGAGCUACUUCAAAGCAACUAUGAAGACCCCAAACAACAGUCCGAUGUUUCCUGGAGUAAACGGGCAGAAUGGGAACAACAUGGAAACUGGAGGCUUCUCUGAGGGGGACCUGCUGCUCCAGGCGCUGAACGGGUUUGUGAUUGUGGUGACGUCGGACGGUUCUGUGUUUUAUGUCUCUCCCACAAUCAAGGAUUACCUGGGCUUUCAUCAGUCAGAUGUGGUUCAUCAGAGUGUGUUUGAGCUCAUCCAUACUGAUGACCGGGGCUUGUUCAGACAGCAGCUUCACUUUGCUCUGAACCCCCCAUCUGCUAGCCCAGGUGAAGAUGCCUUGCAGAGCUGUGGCAGUACGAUAAUGUACAACCCCGAGCAGCUUCCUCCAGAGAACUCUUCCUUCCUGGAGAGGAGCUUUGUGUGUCGCUUCCGCUGCCUCCUGGACAACUCCUCUGGCUUUCUGGCCCUGAAGUUCCACGGGCGACUGAAGUACCUCCAUGGCCAGAGGUUUUUGAGGGACGGAAACGUCAACAAACCUCAACUUGCACUCUUCAGUCUGGCUAUGCCCGUCCAGCCUCCAACCAUUGUGGAGAUCAGAGCUAAAAUGCUCCUUUUUCAAACCAAGCACAAGCUGGACUUCACACCCAUGGGCGUCGACAGCAGGGGGAAGAUUAUUCUGGGCUACUCAGAGGUUGAACUGUGUAUGAAAGGCUCUGGCUACCAAUUCAUCCACGCAGCUGACAUGAUGUACUGUGCUGACCAGCACCUCCGCAUGAUGAAAACAGGAGAGAGCGGCCUGACUGUGUUCAGGCUCCUGAGUAAGUCAGGUAACUGGGUGUGGGUGAAAUCCAACGCCAAGCUGAUCUACAAAGGAGGAAGACCUGAAUUCAUCAUUGCAUAUCAGAAAGCUUUAGUCAAUUCUGAAGGUGAGGAAUACCUGCGUCAGAGGAGGCUGCAGCUCCCCUUCAGCUGUACCACAGGAGAGGGCGUCCUCUACAACACAGGCCCCACAGUGGACAUCCAACAGUUUCAGUUCAACAAAAUGUUUGAGAGCAACAUGGAUGAGGUGAAGAAGGAUCAGAGCCCCCACUCUCUGCUGGACUGCUUCUUGAGACAGGAUGAAUCAGUCUACAUGCAGACAGCGGAAGAGACGCCUCUGCCUGUGGAUCAGGUGUUCAUGGAGAGCCAGGCACUGGUUAGCAUCGCCAGCGACUCAUGGCAGGAAAGUGGAACCACAGCUGCAACAGGUGAGCCUGUUGUAGUGAAAGAGGAAGCCAAACAGUCUGUGAUGGCGGUGAUCAACAACCUGGAAGAAAUAGCUCAGAAAGGUGACUUUAGUGCAGCAUUGCAAAAUCUGGAGGUCGGUGAUGCGGAGUUGAUGGAGUGGGAAAAUGCCCUCAAGAGAUUAAGUCAGGAUGAGAAUCAGCACAACAAUGUGAGGUCUGAGCUGGACAGCAUCCUCACCAAUGACAUAUUUGACUACAUUGAUAGUGUUUUGUUCAAGGAGAAGGCAGAAGAUUGUCUAAACAUGAGCCCCCCCAGCUGCCUCACAGCAGUCAACAACAAUCAGCAGGACCCCUUCACUCAGGCCAAUGGGCUCAGUGAGCCACAGUUGUUCCCGACCCCGAGCCCCGAAUGCACUUACUCACCGAUGAACGGCCUCUACGCUCACCAGCAGGAUACAAUGAAUGGCUCGAUAAUUGCAGGGCAAAACUUAGCAGAGCCUGCUCAGCUGUUUAAUGGCGCCCAGAAACUCACUCACCACGGCCCCCUGAUUACUCAGGCUGACACCAACCUGCCGUCUCUUCAGCAGCUGCAGCUCCAGGACAUAUUCAUCCCGUCUAUAGAGCUCCCAGAGGUCACUGUCCCUCACGCCUCGGCCCCUUUUCAACCCUGCGGGCAAGGAACUAUGGGCCACAUUGGCCGGCCUCAUGGAAUUCCUGCUCAAACGCAGCCCGGUCAACUUCUCCGGCGUCCUCAAAACAAUCUGCCAGCUGAUACGAUGGCUGCAAAUGGACAGUUGCCGCAGAUUGCUGUUCAACAACCAAACAAGGUAGCACCGGGCAUAAUGGACAUUUUGCCACCUCUGGUUCCUUGUAAUGACUUUGUUCCUGCUAGCACGCCCAAUAUUUCCAUCCCUUUCCGCACAACUUGUCUGCAAGGAAACCCCCCUUUUCAAACACAUAACCAUCAGGUUCAGCAGUGGCAGCAGAGUCAGCAGCAGAAGCUAUCCCAUGCUGGCAUCAUGCAGAACGGACAUGAACUGAUGCCAGCAUGCCACAGCAAAACUCCAGAAAGCCAAACAUUCCCACAUGCUGGCCUUUGGCCAAGGAGUGUAAACGGACUGAACCUAACUCAGCAGGGAGCAGUUACAUGUGGCCAGGCAGCUACUCAGAGCAGCUGCAUGUUCGACCAGCACUUUUCUUCCAGUCCAGCAGGAGGCAAUGUCCUGGCUCUCUCCGGAUCAUCGGGCCUGAGGGGGGCUGAUUCGUGUCUGGAUCAGAGUCCCCCUCAAGGUUCCUGCUACUUCCAGUGGAGCCGCAGCGAGUCUGUGGUCGGCACGUCCGCCAUCAACCAGGAGAACGUCAACAUCAGUCCUCUGACUGUUCCGCCCAACAUGUCCUCUACAGAGCAAGCACUCAACCUUCAGCACUACCUGGAAUGCCACAGGCAGUCACAGCAGAACAAAAGAGUCUCCACUGAACGCGACGGGAUUUUUGCCACUCCUGCUCACGAUAUAGCCAUGUACCUGACGGAGUAAAGAUGAGCCAUGUUGUUGUUUCUGUUUGGACAAAAAUCCCGGAGAAGGACAAAGUCAGUAUAGAUUGCCUGUAUCAGUGCUUAUCCACAGACUCUAUUGCUUACCCUUAUCAUCAUAUGUUUUAUAUCAUUCUGUAUCAUUUAUACUUUGUCCAGUCUGUAAUGUUUAAAAGCUGUUGCUCAUCAGUUUUUAGUGAAGAUACAUUAUAGUAAUAAUGAAGUAUAAAGCCACAAGUGCGUUUACCCGAUGGAGCUUGAGCCAGCUAGGAGGAUUGGUCAAGUAAAUCCAAGUAGCCAAAGAAAUAGGUUUUUAUAAGGGAAACCAGGUGUUGUCACUUCAUUGUCGUCAGCCAGGGACAUUCAUUUAUCUCCCAAGUGUAAAUACCUUAAAAAGCAUGCUGUUUAAAAAAACAAAAAGAAAUGUAUAAAUAAUCAUUCUAAACUUUGAUGCUGACAAAGUGGAGAUGUUUUCUAAGAGUUGUCGUCACAUUUGUAAAGAAAUCAGUGCAAAGAAUCACUGAAAGUGAUAGCUACCUGAAAGCACAGCUGUACCUUCAAAUUAAUAUUAUUACAGAUGAAAAUUAAUCAGUAUAUUUUUAAAUGAAAAUAACCCUAAAAUGUGGUUAAUGCAAAUGUAUAAAUACAGAUUCAGUAGUAGAUUCACCAAAUGGUUUGCUUUGGCUCACAAAAAUCUCAUAUGUGUACGGAAUGCCUCAGCAUGUAGUCCACAUAAAAAUGUGCUGCUAUGGAAAAUGUAGAGAUAUCUCAAAUCCCCCUCCCCCAAAAAACCCUCUGAGGGUCCCAUUUACUUCCUGCAAUAGUCAGGGAUGCAAACAUUUGGAUGCAUCAAAAAAAAAUUGUAUACUUCUAAACUUUUUCACUUAAUGUGAUUUUCUAAUCGUCUACGACCAGUGGAAUGCAAAAAUCUGAGAAAUACAACAAAUAAUCAGCUGAUUUUACAAGUUAAUGACGAAAAAACCUAAAUCCACUGUUAAACAACUGAUUGAUUGAUGUCUUCAAGCUUUUAAAAUUACCUAAAUUUGGACUCAGAAAGUGAACAAAAACAGCCUCCAAACCUUCAUCCCUGCAGCAGCCCUCGGCAAAAUUCUCUAGAAUUUUGUGGUCCUACGUAGGAACACGCUAAAACAUAGUUCGCCGUUAAUUUAUGUGAUAGCAUAGAGCAUGACCAUAUACAUUUUUCCUGUGCCUUUUUUGCCGAAUCGGCAGUUUUAAAGUAUCUUCGUAUAAACAUAUCUGUGCCUUCUUGUAUAAAGCAUUUUUAAAAUAUUAUUUUCCUCAGUGCUUCAUGUUUUUUUAAAGGCAUCCUUUAGAGCUGCACUAAUUUAAGGGAAGCCAUGUCCAUAGGUGAUACAGUAUCUUACUGUAAAUUAAAGGUUUUUAUCCUGGAGUGCAUUUCAAGGCUCUGAGGAAGUCCAUUUCCCACUACACACAAAUGUCCUGAACAAUGGAAACAAGGGAAAAUAAUUAACUUGACCUAUCUCUGUAGAGAUGGUAAGACUUUUUCAUUAAUGAGCAGAGUAUUUAGACUGAUCUAAUGAUGCAUUCAGAUCAUAUUUUACUUUGCUUUGUCUGUUUCCUGUUUGUGCUCUUCAUUUAUCUGCUUUUCACCACAGCUUUGUAAUAUCCACACUACGAGAAAAAACAACAGCAAAAAAACACAUCAAUGGUUUGGAUUAACCGGAACAAAAAAACGCAACAAUAUGGCAGCUUUAUUGUAUUCUUGCUGCGCUGUGGGAAAUCACUCAGUAUUUUACCUUUGCUAAAGAAUCUAUUGUGUAUGUUUGUGGAAAUCUCUUUGAGUACAAUGCUUAAAAGUAGACACAGAUAAAUAUGGCCUCCUUUCCUGUGUUCUUUUUGUUCUUUGUUGUAUUGAAAGAGCAGUCAUGGACUCUUCCUCCUGUCGAGGAUCUCAGCGUGAAGCGGACUGUGGAGGCUAAAAGGACAGUCUUUAAAUCUCCUUUGAUAUUGAACUUUAACACAGACGUGUCAUGACUGUAGCCACUAUGGAAAAAAAAACCUGGAGCCAAAUGUUUUAUUCACAUUAUGCCGUCACAUGCCUUGCCAUAUUCCAGUUAUUUGUUAAAAAAAAAAGGAAAAAAAAGACAUUUUUAAAGAAAAACAAAAAAAGAAAGAAAAAGUUUUAAGAAAUCACAACAAUUCAGUUUCAUGUACCUAUAUUUAGCCAAGCAGUUAUAUUAUCUAUUAUAAUAUAUGUUUAAACAAAUAACCAGCCUUUGUCAUCUGUUAAAUGCUUUUUCAUAAAUAUAUGUGUGCAAUGACUAAA